GGAGGGCACUUCCGGUUUGCAAUUCUGCCUGCUAAGCGGCUCUGAGACUGGGUGAGUGGGUACUGUUCUGUGUCCUACGCUGUGACCAGCUGCAGGAACUGUGUGAGGAGAGCGGGUGAGCUCCAUAUCCGCCAUGGAUGCAGUGACCUAUGAGGAUGUGCAUGUGAACUUCACUCAUGAAGAGUGGGCUUUGCUGGAUCCUUCCCAGAAGAGUCUCUACAAAGAUGUGAUGCUGGAAACCUACUGGAACCUCACUUGUAUAGGUUACAAAUGGGAAAACUGUAAUAGUGAAGAACAUUGUCAGCGCUCUAGAAGAAAUGGAAGGUGUGUCAUCUGUCACUCUGGACACAAUCCAUGGGAACAUAAGGGAUAUGGAAAGAAGCAUUGUAGUUCUGUCUCUCUCAGAACAAAUGGAAGAUAUGUGGUAGUCCCCACAUUGAAAAGACAUGAUGACUGUGAUACAAGUUUACAAUUAAUUGGUUUUCCAACUUCAGGGGGAAUUCAUCAACAAACUCACAUUGGAGAAAAACCUUAUGAGUACCAGGAAUAUGGAAAUUCAUCUCUUUCAAUUGGUUCACUGUGCACAUGUAGUGUGGCUCACAGUAUAAGAAAAUGUUAUGAAUGCAAUCAGUGUGGUCAAACUCUCAGCUCUUCAAGUUCUCUUCAAAGAUGUGAAAAAGCUCAUGUGGGAAGAGAAUAUAAUAAAUGUGAGUCAUCUACUAAAGGCUUUAGCCAUUACAAGCAUUAUCAAACACAUCAAACAAGCAAUAAUGAAGAGGCUCUUUAUGAAUGUAAUCAACAUCAUAAAGCCUUUACAUAUGAUUCCUCAUUAAAAGUACACCAAAGAACUCAUUUAGAAGGAAAACCCUAUGAGUCUAAUGAGAGUUAUCAAGUCUUUGCAUGUCACAAUCUUCAUCAAGUACAUAGAAUACAAACUGGACAGAAAAGGUAUGAAUAUCAUCAAUGUGAUAAAGCCUCUGCAUGUCCCACUUAUCUUCAGAUGCAUAAUAGAAAUAAUACUGUAGAGAAACCCUAUGAAUGUAAGCAAUGUGGCAAAGCCUUUGCAUAUAACAGUUAUCUUCUCAUUCAUCUAAGAAGUCAUACUUUAGAGAAACCCUAUGAAUGUAAUGAAUGUGGUAAAGCCUUUGCACAGAAGAGAAGUCUUCAUAGUCAUGAAAGAAGUCACAGUGGAGAGAAAUCCUAUGAUUGUAAUCAGUGUGGCAAAGCCUUUACACGUAACAGUCAUCUUCUCACACAUCUAAGAUGUCACACUGGAGAGAAACCUUAUGGAUGUAAUCAGUGUGGUAAAGCCUUUGCACAGAAAAGUAGUCUUCAUAGUCAUGAAAGAAGUCAUACUGGAGAGAAACCCUAUGAAUGUAAUCAAUGUGAUAAAGCCUUUGCACGGAAGAAUAAUCUUCUCAGUCAUGAAAGAAUUCAUACUGGAGAGAAACCCUAUAAAUGUAAUGAAUGUGGUAGAGCCUUUGCAGAGAAAUAUAAGCUUUUCAUUCAUGAAAGAAUUCAUACAGGAGAGAGACCCUAUGAAUGUAAUGAAUGUGGUAAAGCUUUUGCAGAGAAGAGUCAUCUUCUUGGUCAUGAAAGAAUUCAUACUGGAGAGAAACCCUAUGAAUGUAAUGAAUGUGGUAAAGCCUUUGCAAGGAAGUGUCAUCUUCUCAGUCAUGAAAGAAUUCAUACCGGAGAGAAACCCUAUGAAUGUAAUGAAUGUGGUAAAGCCUUUGCACAGAAGAGUCAUCUUCUCACUCAUGAAAGAAGUCACAAUGGAGAGAAACCCUAUGAAUGCAAUGAAUGUGGUAAAGCCUUUGCACAGAAAAGGAAUCUUCUUAAUCAUGAAAGAAGUCAUAAUGGAGAGAAACCCUAUGAAUGUAAUGAAUGUGGUAAAGCUUUUACAGGGAAAAGUACUCUUCACAGUCAUAAAAGAAGUCAUAGUGGAGAGAAACCCUAUGAAUGUAAUCAAUGUGGUAAAGCCUUUGCACUGAGGAAGAAUCUUCUCAGUCAUGAAAGAAUUCAUGCUGGAGAGAAACCCUAUGAAUGUAAACAAUGUGGUAAAGCCUUUACACGGAAGAGUCAUCUUGAAAGUCAUGAAAUAAGUCACAAUGGUGAGAAACCUUAUGAAUGUAAUGAAUGUGGUAAAGCCUUUGCACAGAAGAAGUAUCUUCUCAGUCAUGAAAGAAUUCAUACUGGAGAAAAACCUUAUGAAUGUAUUCAAUGUGGUAAAACCUUUACACAAAAGAGUAGUCUUCAUAUUCAUGAAAGAGUUCAUAGUGGGGAGAAACCCUAUGAAUGUUAUCAAUGUGGCAAAGCCUUUACACAGAAGGGUAGUCUUCAUAGUCAUGAAAGAAUUCAUGCUGGACAGAAACCCUAUGAAUGUAGGCAGUGUGGCAAAGACUUUGCAAUGAAGAAUCAUCAUCAUAAUCAUGAAAGAAUUAAUUCUGGACAGUACCAUAAGGAUGUAAUCAACGUAGUAGUUUCAGAUGUGAGUGGCCAUGUGGGUGCUGGAAACUGAACUGUUUUCUACAAGAGGUACUUGCUGGAGUUAAGCUUUAUAGGUGUUCAAAUCCCAAAGCGAUUGAGUUAUCAGCAAAGGAAGGAGACUGCUAUGAUCUGAGAGUGAAUGAGGAUAGCUGUUGCUUUAUUGAAAAGGACUAUAUCCUUUAUACUCUAUAACUGAACAUUAGUUUAAACUCAAGCAAAAUUGAAAACAUACUUAAAGAUUCUUUGAUGAAAGCAGCCAUCAACCUCAUCACAGCAAUGUUCCUGAGACAAAAAUCGAUAAAUUCAGCAAGCAUCAAAAUGCCUUUUUGAAUGUGAGCCCAUUGUUUCCUUUACCCUUGGCACCAGGUGUAUCCAGUUAGUACAUCUUUAAGUUCUUUAUUCUUGGUGUAAUCAGGGGACACAAUGGGGAUUCUUGUGUGGGAUUAGGCAUAAUUAUCACACUAUGUAAUUCCACGGUGCUGGAGAUUUUUUCCAAGAAUUUUGUUUAAAGAGACUGCCAUUGUAUACAUCCUCAUCCUCCACUGAAUCCACAAAUUAUUUCCCACAGGAAAAAGCAUAAGGAAGCUUCAAAACAUGUAGUGAGAAUUAUUAACACUAAAUAAAAAGAUGCUGGAGAAUUAAGAUCUACAAUGUCAAAAAGCUAGAACUUUGUCAAUCAGCAGUGGUCAUGGUGCAGUCCAUGCCAGGUACUAAACUGCUAAACCAUCUCUCAUCCCUUUGUACUUUUUUUAAAGAUUUAAUUUAUUAUUCUUGUGUUUGUGAGUACACAUGCAUAGUAUAGCUUGAAAUCAGAUGACAGCCUGUAGGACCCUUCCUCCAUUUUUACCAUUUGGGUCCUGAGGACCAAAUCAUCUGUCUUGGCUUUAAGCACCUUUACCUGCUGAGCCAUGCCACGAGGACCAUUGAGCCAUGAUUUUGUGUGUGUGUGUGUGUGUGUGUGUGUGUGUGUGUGUGUGUGUUUAAAACAGGCUCAUGAAAUUCAGGCUGACCAUGAACUCAUGACCUUUCCUCUUCCACCUCCAAUUCCUGGGAUGACAAGUUUUACUACCAUGCCCUGUUUAUGCAGAGCUUGUAUAUGCUGAGCCAACAUUCUGUCCAAAGAGAGCCAUCUGAUAUGAAAACAUUGAUGUAUCCAGGUUGUUCAUCCACAGGUCCACACUGAGACCCUGUCCUAAAAGUAAACAAAAAGUGCAGACAAAAACUAUUGUUAAAAGAAAAAUUGUGUGUGUUUUGUGACAGAGUCUGUCUCAGUUGCCUAGACUGGUCUAGAACUUACACUGUACUCUUGAAUCCUGCCCCUUGGCCUUAGUACCUGGGGCACUGGGCCUGACUAGUGAUUGAGAAAGCCAGAGCACAGAGAGUCUUAACUAUGUGUCUGGGUACAUACAGCCAAUAGCCAUAGGUGCAUGAGAAGAUCAUAAUGUUCCUGGGGUCAGGUUGGAGUCCAGAACCUUUGUUGAGGUAGAAUGCCAUCAGUUCAGCAUGGAAGGAUGGAACGAGGCCCAGGAUCUAAUCUGCUUUGGAGUCUAAAUGUCCUGAGAGUCAUACAUGGGCUAGGGUAACAAAUUCAGUGUGAGGCAUUGUUUAUGAGGAGAUAUAUAGUACCAAGGCCCCUCUGUUCAUGGCUCAACUGCAGUUUCAGUGGCCUCAUAUAGAGGGCAAGUGAGCACACCAGGGCCAGAUCUGUGCCCGGGAGUCACUGGAAAAGGACAAGGAGAAUGACAAAAAAGAGGCUUCCCUGUUCACUGUGGAAGCACCCUGAGAUUACAAAAAAGCAAAGAACCUCUUAGAAGGCAAGAUUUUACAAAGACCUUCCACUUCUCACAUGGGAAUUUGAAGCACAGACAAGAAAGACCAUCUUGGCCAGAAGAAUUCUGGGUGUUGAUGCUCCAUCUGGUUAUUGUAUCCAUGGUAACAAGUGUGGUGCAUUUACAUCUCUCUGAAUAACAGGCACAUGGAGGUGAAGACACUCAGAAAGUCACAAGGCAGUAAAUGGAUCAUAAGCCAGGAUUCCCAUGUGUACCCUUAUAAACUUUUUAAGAUUGCAUGUAUUUGUUAAUGUAGGGGUGACGGCAUGCAUGUGUGGAGGUGAGAGGACAACUUACCUGAAUCCAUUCUCUCCUUCAACCAUGUGGGUGCCAGGGAUGGAACUUGGGUUAAAAAAAAAAAACAAAAAAGCAAAAAAACAGACUUGGUAACAAGUGUCUUUAACACCAAAAUCAUCUAAUUUUUGUUAGCUUGAGUAUCACUUUGUAACAUUAGGAAUUUACCUUUGUACAAAAAUCCAUUCUAAUCUAAAAUAUUUUGGAGAUUUGCUGUGGCUUCUAAAGCUUGAAAAGAAGAUAUAAUAAUAAACAGAGAAUUCAUUAGGACUAAGAAAUGUCAUAGUUGUGCCCUUUGCCAAUGACAGUCAGAGCUGCCCCAUGGCUUUCCUCCUGCUAGUGUUUUCGGGAGAUGGAGGUGCCAGUGGUCUUAUUGUCAUGCUUCAAUAAGGUUGGAUUUUUUUUUUAUUUAUUAUUGUUUUGAAAGUAAGGAAAUAAGGUGAAGGAGUACAUUAGGUCUUUUUUCCAUUUCUUGUGAGUUAUUCCUAUUAGGGGAAAAUAAAAAUCAUUUCCCAUUAAGGGACCUUUAAUAUUGAGUUAUUCUCGCUAUGAGGGCAAAACAACAACAAAACAUUUAAACAUAUGUUCAGUGAACACACAAAAAAAAUUCUAAGUUCUGGACCAUUUGAGCUACUAUUAAUUCUACUGAUUGAGAAUAAGACCACUACCUCAAUUUAAAGCCAAAUUUGAAGCAAGCUUGAUUUUUAUUGGGGUGCACCCAAGAGCUGGCCAGUGACUGCCUGCUAAGUUGAGUUAAAGAGAGCAGCCAUGAAUCCAACUCUCAGGCCACUUUUGAGUAGUUUUACAGAAGGGAGACAAUGGGGCAAUAAGGAAAUAGAAAAAAAGACUUAAAAAAUCAUGUGGUCACCCACCAUGUGAUUAUCCAGGGGUCAGGGAGGGUCUGGGAAAGUCAGGGUGUUCUGAUGGAAGCUCCACCUCAGCUCCCACCAUCCAUAUACCCAAGCAAUCUGGAAUGUUCUGGUGGAAACCUCACUUCAACACUCCUCCUUCAUCUCUCUCUCCCCCAAACCUUGCCUCAUCUCAGAAAGCCCUCCAAACACGGCUCCUCCCCCAGAGAUACUCAAGACCCCUCCCACAGGGUAUUUAAACUGCCCCCCAGAAAACAGACAUGUGGCUUUUUGGUCUCUCUUCCCCCAUCUCCUCUCUAGGGGCCAGAAAAUCAUCCUGGAGCAUUUCGCCCAUUAAACCUUUCUAAAGGCUUUUCCUUAA